AUGGCCCACGUUCUUCUGGGGCUGCUUGAUGACCACACAGCUGUGCUCUCCUCUCUGCUGCAGAAUGUGCACAGGACGCUGAUGCCGUGGCGGCAGUGCGCGCAGUGGCUCAUCCACUGCAAGGUGCUGCCCGCCAACCACCGGGUGACCUGGGACUCGGCGCAGGUGUUCGACCUGGCGCAGACCCUCCGCGAUGGAGUCCUCCUGUGCCAGCUGCUCAACAACCUCCGGGCGCGCUCCAUCAACCUGAAGGAGAUCAACCUGAGGCCGCAGAUGUCCCAGUUUCUCUGUCUGAAGAAUAUACGGACCUUCCUCUUGGCCUGUUGCGAGACGUUUGGCAUGAGAAAGAGUGAACUCUUCGAGGCCUUUGACCUGUUUGAUGUCCGGGACUUUGGAAAGGUGAUAGAAACCUUGUCGCGACUUUCCCGGACCCCGAUAGCGUUGGCCACGGGAAUCAGGCCCUUCCCAACAGAAGAGAGCGUGACCGAUGAAGACAUCUACAAGGCCCUGCCCGACUUGAUAGAUGAGACCCACGUGGAGGAUGCCGAGGGCCUGUACGACUGCGUUUACGGCGAGGACGAAGGUGGCGAGGUCUAUGAGGACCUGAUGAAAGCCGAGGAAGCCCAUCCGCCCAAAUGUCCAGAAAAUGACAUACGAUAUUGCUGCCUAGCAGAAAUUAAGCAGACAGAAGAAAAAUAUACAGAAACACUGGAAUCAAUAGAGAAAUACUUCAUGGCGCCACUGAAACGGUUCCUGACAGCAGCAGAGUUUGACUCAGUCUUCGUCAACAUUCCUGAGCUUGUAAAAGUUCAUCGGAACCUCAUGCAAGAAAUUCACGAUUCCAUUGUAAAUAAGAAUGACCAGAACUUGUAUCAGAUUUUCAUCAACUACAAGGAAAGGUUGGUUAUUUACGGGCAGUACUGCAGCGCCGUGGAGUCCGCCAUCUCCAGUUUAGACUACAUCUCCAAGACUAAAGAAGACGUCAAGCUGAAAUUAGAGGAAUGUUCCAAGCGCGCCAACAACGGGAAGUUCACCCUCCGAGACCUGCUUGUGGUCCCGAUGCAGCGCGUUCUGAAGUAUCAUCUCCUGCUCCAGGAGCUGGUCAAGCAUACGACGGACCCCCUGGAGAAGGCGAACCUGAGACUGGCCCUUGACGCGAUGAAGGACUUGGCGCAGUAUGUGAACGAAGUGAAGAGAGAUAACGAGACCCUGCGUGAAAUUAAACAGUUUCAGCUCUCUAUAGAAAACCUGAACCAACCAGUUCUGCUCUUUGGACGGCCUCAGGGAGAUGGUGAAAUUCGAAUGACCACUUUGGACAAGCACACGAAACAAGAAAGGCACAUCUUCCUAUUUGACUUGGCAGUGAUCGUAUGCAAAAGGAAAGGCGAUAACUAUGAAAUGAAGGAGAUAAUAGAUCUUCAGCAGUACAAAAUCGCCAACAAUCCUACAACUGAUAAAGAAAAUAAAAAGUGGUCUUAUGGCUUCUACCUCAUCCAUACCCAAGGACACAAUGGGUUAGAAUUUUAUUGCAAAACAAAAGACUUAAAGAAGAAAUGGCUGGAGCAGUUUGAAAUGGCUUUGUCUAACAUAAGGCCUGACUAUGCUGACUCCAAUUUCCAUGAGUUUAAGAUGCACACCUUCAGCCGGGUGACCUCCUGCAAGGCCUGCCAGAUGCUCCUCAGGGGAACGUUUUACCAAGGCUAUUUAUGUUUCAAGUGUGGUGCUAGGGCACACAAAGAAUGUCUGGGAAGAGUCGACAACUGCGGCGUCACUUCUGCCGAGCCGGGGAUGCUCAAAGCACUGGAGAAACGGACCAAUGGGCUGCGAAGGACCCCCAGGCCGGUGGAUCCAGGUGUGUCUCUGGCCCUGCGUCGUGGUUAUGACUUAGUGGCUUUUGACGUUAGCCUGGAGUUGUGUGUGCGUCUGGAGUUGGUUGUCUUUGGUAUCUUCGCCUCUUUCUCUCGCAAGUCGCACCGCCGUGUUAGCGUUAACCCUGCUCGAUGA